ACGUGCAGCAUUUCUGAGUGAGUUUCUGUGCGGAAACUGAUGAAUUUUACCCGUGGAAUCUUAUAUGGGAAAAGAUCUACAUGGAAAAGAUGAAUUUCAGACAGAAUUGUCGGUUCGUGUUGGUACUCUUUAUUUUGGAUCAUAUACUUAUCGAACCAUGUUUAGCGAGACCCAACGGUGCCCCGUCACAGGCCUGCACGACAUUGCUUCCUCAGCACGGCACGGCCACGCCACAGCAGACCACCAACCCUUACCGGAUACAGCUCGGAGCGACCCGGUAUGUUGCGGGUGGAACCGUCACAGGAACUAGCAGCAUCGGAUAUUUCAAGGCGGGGUGGACUUAUACCCCUUAUGUCGUUGUAGUGACUCUAUCUGGGCCUACAUCGGGCAUGAAGGGCUUUCUGCUUCAAGCCCGCGGGGUCGGCCAGUCCACGCCCAUAGGCACAUGGGAGAACCUCCCGCGUAACACACGGACCAUGGCCUGCUCGGCGCUUCGGGACACGGUCACCCAUUCCAUCAACCUGCCGGACACGAGCCUGUCCUUCACGUGGAGAGCCCCAACAAGCAGUACUAGGACAGUGGAAUUUCUAGUCACUAUUGUGCAGUCCUUUUCAACGUUCUGGGGACCAUUUAGAUCAUCACAAAUAGCAGCAGUCAGCGGCAGUUGUUUUCCCAACCCCUGUCAGAACAAUGGACAGUGUGUCACAACUGGAUCAUCCUUCCAGUGCAACUGCCAAGCUGGAUAUACGGGCACAACAUGCCAAGUUGGGUCGGCAUGUGUGUCCAACCCAUGCUUUAAUGGUGGUGCGUGCUCAUCCAUUGGUUCAGCCUUCCAGUGUAGCUGCCCAACAGGGUUUUCCGGCACCCAGUGUGAAAUAAGGCCUGGAAAUGCCUGUCUUUCCAAUCCUUGUUUCAAUGGUGGAGUAUGUACUACAUCGGGAUCAGCGUAUGUGUGCAACUGUCAGCCAGGGUUCACCGGUACACAGUGCCAAACUACCACUGGCAAUGCAUGUAGUUCCAAUCCAUGCUUGAAUAGUGGCGUAUGUAGAACAUCAGGAUCAGCGUAUGUGUGCAGCUGUCAGCCAGGGUUCACCGGUACACGGUGCCAAACUACCAUCGUUACUGGUAAUAUUUGUUCUCCGAACCCAUGUCACAAUAGUGGUACAUGCACGGUAACCGGUUCCAACACCUUCAGGUGUACAUGUAGGACGGGUACCAGUGGGCCGCUGUGUAGAACCGUUGAAAACGCCUGUUUUUUCCAGUCCGUGCCAGAAUGGAGGAGUGUGCACAAAUGUAGGGACAUCCUACUUGUGCGAUUGUUUAAAUGGGUAUGCAGGUCCACGGUGCACUCAAGUUACUGCUUGUGCUUCCAACCCUGUCUGAAUGGAGGUCAAUGCUCAGUGAUUGCUGGAACAUCCAAUUAUCAAUGCAGCUGUACAAUAGGCUAUUCGGGCACAAGAUGUCAACUUAAUGCCUGCUCCUCCAGCCCCUGUCUGAAUGAUGGCCAAUGCUCACUGAUUGCCGGCACAACCAAUUUUCGGUGCAGUUGUCCGACAGGCUACUCGGGCACAAGAUGUCAAACUUCUGCUUGCACGUCUAGCCCCUGCCUGAAUGGUGGCAGUUGCUCACUGAUUGCUGGCACAACCAACUACCAAUGCAGUUGCCCACUUGGCUACACAGGCACGAGAUGUCAAACUACUGCUUGUUCGUCCAACCCUUGUCUGAACGGCGGCCAGUGCUCACUGAUUACAGGAACGUCCAACUACCAGUGCUCCUGUGGGAGUGGCUACUCAGGCACAAGAUGUGAAACUCUGGAUCCUUGUGCCCCUAAUCCAUGUCAGAAUGGUGGUGCUUGUAGCAGUCCUACCUCCUCUACAUUCCAGUGUCGAUGUGCUGAUGGCUGGUCAGGCGUCACUUGUACAACCAUGUCACAAGAUGUAUGUGCUCAAGCCAACAUCUGUCAGAAUGGAGGUACGUGUGAGCCCAAUGAUGGAGGGAGCUUCUCAUGCCGAUGUGCUGAGGGAUUUGAUGGAGUAGACUGCUCAAAUAUGAUUUCUCCAUGCUUUCCAAGUCCUUGUCUGAAUGGAGGUACGUGUGUUGUCAGCAGCCCAACAUCCUUCAUGUGUACCUGCCCAGCGACUCAUUCAGGCAUCACUUGCAGUGUCCAAGAUAUGUGCAAUCCUAGUCCCUGUAAUAGCGGCGUGUGCCAGCAAGCAGCUGGGGACCCUACUUACACCUGCAGCUGCAAUGCUGGGUACAGAGGCACUCACUGCAAUAUACAAGUGUUGUGCAACCCAAACCCAUGUGUCAACGGAGUCUGCAGUCAGAAUGAUGAAACGCUGAUGUACACGUGUGAGUGUGAUGUUGGUUUCAUGGGAGAAAACUGCGACCAAGCAAGGGAAGUUGCCUGUCUGACAAACCCCUGCCUGAAUAGUGGCAUAUGCCAGGCCAACCCAGACGGAUUCACAUAUGAGUGUGCGUGCCUGGCUGGAUACCGUGGCACUCUAUGCGAGGAAGCUGUAAUUCCAGUCUUCCAGAACUGCCCAGAAUUCCAGAUUCUAACCUACCCUCUAGAGACCGGUCAGAGUUCUGCCAACAUCGAACUGUCUCUCACCGCCUCGGUGCCAGGGGCCCCAACUCCUACCAUAGAGGUUGUAUCUGGGCCAAGCAUCCCUGGCCCUGUGCAGUACAGCGAUGAAUACAGGACUGGGAAGGAGGUCGUGAUGAGAGCAACUAGUGAAUCAGGAACGACCGCUGAGUGUCGUUUCUUGAUUCGAAUGGAAGAUGAGGAACUUCCAGUGUUAACUUGUCCUGCCGACAUCACAGAAUUCACCUACGGGUCCUCCGAAGCCGUGGAAUGGUCCCCAGCAACCGUCACCGAUAACCUAGCCCAGACCUCCGAGAUGACAAUCUCCUACAGCAUGGACAGUGGCUCAUUCUUUCUGUCUAGUGAGCAGGCGUCGCCAAGCACAAUUGAGGUGACGGCCAUAGACACGUUUGGCAACGUCGGCAUGUGCCAGUUUGACGUCACUGUCAUCAAGAUACCAAAUGCCCCUCCCCCAGCUUUUGCCAACUGUCGCGACGGAGAGACAUUAUCCUACCAGCUACGCAACAACACGGACGUAGCCUACGUCAGUGUGGACCUCCAGGCAACGGGUACCAGCCAGCAGCCUGCCAUCAUCAGUCAGCUGGAGGGGCCCCAGGUGGACCUUCCGGGGGAUGUGCAGUACGCCGAGGGGUACCGACAGGGGAAGAAAUUUGUCUUCAGGGCUCAAGAUCCCGUGACACAGCUGACGGCUGAUUGCACAUUCUGGAUCAAGAUUGUCGACAAACAGCCUCCCACUGUGAGAUGCCCACCAAAUAUCAUUGAGAGAACUACAGCUAAUUCCAAGGCCAUAUUCUGGCCGCUAGUUGAGGUCACGGAUAAUCUCCAACUACCUGAGGAAAACGUCCUGACCUUUGACCAGAGGAACGGCACCGUGUAUGAGGCCACAAGGAACGGUUUGUCUCACAUUGUGACUCUGACAGCUACCGAUUCCUUCAGCAAUACAGAGAGCUGCCAAUUCUCGGUCACACUCUACAAAUUUGAUAUUGUGUGCCCUGAGUUUCCGACGAUGGUCAACGGCACUGGAGAAUGCGUCGUUGCCCCCGAUGGUAAAAUGGAGUGCCGAGUGGCAUGUGACGUGGGAUACGCGUACGCACCUGUGGACAACCGAUUCAAAUGCGAGAUCACUAGCACCAAGGCAUUCUGGCAACCCACACCAAAUCCUAACGUGUGCACUCGACCGACAGCAGGCAGUGCCAUCAGCAAGACAGUCACCGCCGUCUUUCCCUUUGACGCUGAUGUCUGUGAUGCCUCCAACCAAGUCUUUGUGUCCAACAUCCGGACGAGCAUCCAGACAAGCCUUCAGGAGGCCGUACUCUGCGAGAGAGGCUUGGCCCGUGCCUGCACCCAAGACAGCGUUACGCCAAAGUGCGGCGUGGUCGCGGCAUCCGCAGCGCGCAAGCGGCGGGCCUUUACCGACCUCUCUGUGGAUAUUGCGGUGACAGCCCCGGCCGCAGACACUCAAGGCUCGUCGCUGAGCGAAGUCCAACGUGACGUGGACGAGCUGGCUGGAAACAUUAAGGAGCUUGCUGAUAGGGAGGAGCUGUCACUGAUUAUCGACCAUCAGACGGUGAACAGUCUCAGCUCCAGAGUAUCAGAUGAUUACAUGUGGAUUUGUGCAAAGGGGUACAAGAGCACCUCCCUGGGAUGUGUGAUGUGUCCAGCGGGAACCCACUUCAACACCUCUUCACUGGAGUGUGUGUUCUGUGAACAAGGUUACUUCCAGCAUGAGAGAGGACAGACGGUGUGUGUCCGGUGUUCCACAGGCAAAUCUACUGAUCAGAGGGGUAGUAUCACCAGCAGCCAGUGUGUUUCUAUGACGGCUGCUUCAACCCUCACCUGGUCCCCGUUACUGAUCUCAAUGGUGGCCAUUGCUGUGGCUUUCUUGGUGGUGCUCUUCAUUGGUCUCCUGUGCAUAUGCGUCUGCGUGCCGUCGUCUGACAAGGACCCACGCUACACCCGCGACAGCGACAUUGACGGCUCCCUGUCCAACCUCAAGUAUCUGAACAGAGCAUAUGAGGAGGAGUACACCAAACGGCGCUCAGUGGGCGUGCAUCGGUUAGCUAAGCGUCAGACAUCUCCAAGCCGUGCCUCUACAGCCACUGGCUACAUCACCAUGUCCACUAGUGGCCGAAGCAGCAACCAGCAUGACAUGGUGUCCAUCGACUCAGAUGACUACCAUCAAGGGGACGGGCGGCAGGGGCAUUUCAACCGGGGGCACACCAUUGAGCGGGACUCCGGUGUGUCUUAUGGCCACGCCUCAACAGCCACUCUAGGGAGCGGUGGUAAGCAGUCAGCUUCCAAUGCUCAGAUGAGGAGGGAGCUGCAAGAUACUGGACUUUGAGGCAACCCAUAGUUUGCUUGGUUGCGGCCAUUUCAUGCUAGUAAAUUUUUAUGCUCAGUACCUCCCAAGUUUCUAAGUAGAGGAAAAAAAUAAUCACGACCUGUCUGAAAGGUAUCAAGCCAGUGUCAGAUAAACAAACUACCAGCCAAAAAGUUCCAGCAAUGUAUGCUGCUAGCGACUGGUUCCCAGCAGGUGUUUCUGCUAAGCUAAGAAAUCACUAAGCAGUGUUUUCUGCUAAACAGUCCUAUGAAUUAGGCUCAAGAUGGUCAUCCAAAAGUCUAUGGUAGGUUGUUUUGGAAUGGGCUCCGUGCACAAGUACCCCCUCAACAUUGAGGAUGGGAGAGUUGGGGGAGACCACUUGAAGUGACAUUCAAACGCAUUGCUGACGACGCCUGACGCUCACGCAAAGACGCUAUGGCUUUGUGCACAUUCAGAAUAAACUUAGUCGUGCGUACUUCUGGCCAUACGGGCACGAACCAGUACGCGCAUGCAGUGUGUUCCAUCCAUGGGGUUCUCGGUGUUAAAAAAAGCGCCCUCUCUGUUUGUGCACGGAGCCCAUACUGACCCAUUGUUGAACGUGUACCUCAUUAUUAUAAUCAGUAAAAGCAACAAAAAAUCCUUUGUAAUUGUAUUUAAGCUCUGACUGUACUGUAUAUGUACGAGUGAGCAACAUUUAUUUAUUGUUCUUGUGUAUAGGGAAUCUCCUAAUAAUUUUUCUUGGCUAAAAGCGUAUAGUGAUCCAGCUUCAUAUUAAAAGAGGGCUUUCUGCUUGAAGUGUCUUAAGGCUACGUAUUAAGGAUUUUUAAAUUUUAAACGUUGACAAAACCUGAUGCCAUUGGCAAUGUACAUGUGUGUGUAUAGGACAGGGGUGGAUGAAGCUUUGAGGAAGGGCGGGGUAUGGGGGGUGAUUAGAGGUUGAGUGAAGGCGUGCCGACUAAUUGCUAGGGAUCUGGGGGCUUUUGAUAUAAUUAACUUGAAUUUUCUGCAUGAAAUUCCCUCAUUUUAAAAUGUUACAAUUAUAAAUUGACUAGUUUGGCAUGUUCUUAACUUUUUUAAGGAGCACUUCGUUUGAAGUCUUUUUUUAAACAUUUGUAAUAAAAUUAAACAAUAAUUAAAGUACAUUAAACAUUUUUUUUCUUAACAGAAUGUAAGAGAAAAGUUUUGAACUCCCAUUUUAAAAUUAGGUUAAAUUAGGAUAGAUUUGUUUACAAUGCCAUUGUUACGGGAGUGUUAAUAUGGCGGACGGUGGCCUCACUUCUACGUUCUAACAGCAAAUGGGCUGUCCAGUGUACUUUGUAUAGAGAUCAGUGAUUCGGAUUCGUAGCCAUACAUUCAUAAUAUAGAAAUAUUGACUGCUUCGAGUGGUGUAGUAAAACUAGCCUCCCGAGGUGAUCCAUGAAGCAGCCAAGGGAAAAUAGAAUGCUCCAUGGAUCACCGAGGGAAGAUAGUUUUACUACACCACGAGGUAAAGCAGUCAAUAUUUGUUUUAUAACACCUCUCCCACAGAUUCUGCUUGAUUUUAAGCGAUAAAUGAUGAAUUUAAUCUGAAUACAAUAAAAAUGUGCUUCUAUUUGACUAUGAA